UUGCGUCCAGUAUGGCAUCGCGACGCUUGAUGAACAGUCGUCGGUUCAGUUGUACAGAAACUUGCUUGCAGAACGCCGGACAUCGUCGAGAAGUUUUCCGAUUUUCGAGUUUUUUUGUGUAGUAUGAGACAACUGAAAAUUUUGUGGUCAUUUCCGAUCAACUUUCUUGACGAUUUUGAACUUGCAAUACAAACGUAAUAGUUGUAAUUUUACUCAACUUUUCUUUCAUCCGAGUAGCCAACAGACUUAAGGCCAAUAUGAUAAAGUGGUGGUUUAGUUUUGUUGGAUUAUUUUUAACUGUCGUUGCUCGCCGAGAUGAUUUUGACCGUAUAGGGUAUUUUUGGCAAAUCACCGACAUUCACUAUGAUCCACAAGUCACUCUCCAUGGAGAUUAUAAAAAAGGUUGUGUCAGGCACGAGAACAUGGAGGGAAGCUCAUCCAGUCGAAAUGGCAACAAGGGUCCAAGAAGACUGAACUCUCCAAAUGAAAAUCUGGGCACGUAUGGGGAAUAUCAUUGCGACUCCACUUGGGAACUGAUUGAAUCUGCAGCAAAAUUUAUGAAGUCGAAACAAAGUGACAAUAUCGAGUUCGUCUUGUGGACAGGUGAUGGAUUAUCGCACUUUGCCAUUAAACACCUAUCAGAAAACCACCAGUUGGAGUUAGUAAAAGCGCUAACGGAUCUCCUGGGAAAAACAUUUCCGGCUCAAUUUGUGUUCCCAGCUCUAGGCCAUGAUGAUCCACCCUUCGAAAAGCGCCUGGGUAAAAUGUGGUCCAAAUGGUUACCAACGGAUUCAAUAAAAACAUUCGAAACUGGUGGAUAUUAUAUUAUAGAGCGCAAACCACGCAAACUACACAUUGUCGUUCUCAAUACAGAUCUUAUGAGAAGAAGCGAUACAGAUGAAGAUGCCAGUAAGCAAUGGAAAUGGCUUGAAGGAGUCUUAAAUAAAUUUGAACAAAACAAGGAAAAAGUUUACUUAGUGGGUCACGUGGCUCCAGGCCGAGAUGAAAGACAAAGGGGUCUUUUUUCACCAGCUCAUAAGGCUUAUACGAGCUUCCACAACCAAAAGUACAUCGAAAUAAUUCGGAACUACUCACGAGUGAUUGCAGGGCAGUUUUUUGGACAUUUACACUCAGACACCUUCAGGAUUAUGCAUGAUAAAAAUGGUCGACCUAUUUCAUGGGCAAUGAUCGCCCCCUCAAUCACUCCCAAGAGGAACCACGUGGGUCCGAAUAAUCCCAGCUUAAGACUAUAUAAAUUCAACAAGGAUACUGGACAGGUUUUUGACUACAGUCAAUACUACAUGGACUUAUCCGAAUCAAAUUUACAUGCAAAAGCUGAGUGGGUAGUGGAGUACAAUUUUACAUCAUACUAUGGAAUAAACGAGAUAACUUCUGAAAAUCUACACCAUUUAGCAAGAAAAUUCGUUAAUUCAGAUCAAGAAAUAACAAGCUUAUUUGAAAGAUAUCAUCGAGCAAAUACCGUAAAAGUUCUUCCACAUCCACGUGAUGAAUGUGAUCUCAGCUGCGUUCACAAUCACUAUUGCGCAAUUACACACAUCGACUAUAGAGACUUUGAAGACUGUAUAAAACGGACUGCUCUAACUAGGUCAGCAGCCGAAAGACAUCUGAGCAGUUUCAGUGCCCUAUUUGUUAUUACAGUGCUCGUGAUUUUGUCUAGUUUUCCGUAAAUCGAAUAUUACAACGUGAUUUUUUUAGAUAUUUUCUAACAGUUUAACACUUGGACUUUUAGAUAUUUUAGGGUUUUGGGGGCGAAGUGGACAAAAUGGACUGGAAAACCGAUCAACUCAACUAUAAAAAGAUUAUUGUAUAUUUUUGUGAAUAUAAAUAAAAUACUCAACAAUGUUAAAUAA